GACGGGCAGAAGCCCUCUUUUCUCUGGAAGCAGCGGCGAAACUCGAUCCAAAACCAAACCUCCUUCUUCUUCCACUCCUCCAUCCGGAGAAGGAGAGACCAUAUCUUUUCCCUCGAAUUCGAAAUCCUCCUCUAGUCUUUCUUUGUCGCAUCCGAUUUCGUUCAUAUUCGCCUCUCCGUCUCCUUCGAGGUCGGAACUGCCGAUUUCUAGGGCUUCUUCCAACACACACCCACACACACACACACACACACACACACACACACACACAGAGAGAGAGAGAGAGAGAGAGAGAGAGAGUAAUCGAUGGAUUGGGGGAACGUGACGACGGAGGAUCUGAUCGACGCCCUUCGAGAAGUGGACUGGUCUUCCCCUCCGCGCCCGGUCUCCGAAUUCUUCUCCAGAUUCACCGUCCCCAGAUCCUACUCCAAAUGGAGCAGUCGAUUAAAGUGCAACCUAUACUAUUACCGGACGAAUUACUUUGUCAUGAUCAUAUUUAUUCUUGGGAUGGGAUUUCUAUUAAGGCCUCUUGCCAUUCUGGCUACUAUUUUGACAGGCCUGAGUAUUGCAAUCCUUAAUGAUAGCUUUGCAGUUACUUUUAAUGAGAAGGUAACAAGAACUGUCAGACAGUUUUCUCCACAUUUAGCUGUAAAGUUGAGGCCACCUAUAACGCCUGUUCUUCGUGGGCGGCCAUCUGCAAAAAGAGCGAUUCAUAUAUGUGGAUGGCCUCGUUGGGUUUUCGUCUUAGUAUUCUCAGCAGCCAGUUGCAUCCUCUGGUUAACCUCUUGUAGGCUCCUUACUGUUCUUUGGGCACUUCUCAUUGGACUGCUUGCGACACUACUUCAUGCAAGCUUUAGAACACCAAAUCUGAAAGCACGUCUGAACACAUUUCGUGAGGAGUUCCGAGCAGUGUGGCGCAAUUAUAGUGAGCUGUAAUGGUGGUCCUGCUGAGGACUUGGGCGCUAUCACAACGUCAAAAUUCAUUAAUUUCUGUGGACGGUUGAUCUGCCUUUAUUAUAAAGGUGCAGACCUGUUGUGGAGCGUACUAUAGACCAUUAACGGUUCUAAUUUCUGCAGAACCUUUUCUGUCCCAUUUAUGAAGAAACUAUGAAUCAUAAGCGGUAAGCUGUAGUCUCUCAGUAGCGGUCACCUGUUACUUGAUUCUGUAAUAUUUACUACUAGAAGGUUCUAUUAUGCUGCUGAAAUGAUUCAAAUCCAUCAGAUGGUUAGAGAUAUGUCAUGCAAGGUGUUUGCUUAGAAUCUGUAUUGUGUGGUAUGUUUUCUUGUUUUAAUUCUGUGUAAUCUGGCUAGGAUGGAUGGAUUGUUGGCAUUACAUCUUGAAGAACAUUUGACCGAGCAGCAAAUCCCCCUUUGUUCUCUGAAUCUUGACAAUGGAAUCUGGACUGUUUCAGCUGAUUGCUCUUUAAAACCAUGUAAUGACCGUAAUUAUGCAUUGUAAUUAUUGUCUGUAGUCAAAUUCUGUUUCUCACUAAACCCUUUGGAAAGGUGCAGUUGACGAGAUUUUGGGUAAAAAGAAAA